AUGGCGCCCACCACGGCCGACGCCGCCCCGGCGCCGACCCUUCCCCCGCCGACGUCGCCGUGGGUCAUCCUCGGCAGCAACCCGCACGUCGUCGAGCUCGAGGGCGGCGCCGACGUGUCGCUGGCGCUCGCCGCGCCCCCGCGCGUGUCGCGCCUGGCCGUCUCCCCGUGCGUCUUCCCGGACCGCCCCACGCCGCGGAACUUCCCGUUCCUGCUCGCCACGGACCCCUCGGGCCUGCUCCUCCUCUCCGCGAUCCUCGACGCGCCGCUCACCCUCGUCGACGUCGACCUCCCGGGCGAGCAGUCCGUCCACUGGCGCUACUCCGACCCGCGCUACUUCGUCCUCGACGCCGCCACGGGCUCCGCGUUCCGCCUCCCGGACCCGGACCCCAAGGAGCCCAUCCAGCACCAGGCGCUCGUCGGCGUCCUCUCCUCCCCGGCGGCGGCGGCGGCGGCUACGUGGUCGCAGAGCUCCUGCCCUUCAUGGGCACGGACAAGGCCGACCUCCGCUGCUUCGCCUCCGACGUCGGCGACGCGCGUGUUCGCGCCGCUCCGCACCCUCGCUCACCACGGCAGGCUCUGGUGGGCCGACUACUCCUGGGGCGUCCUCACCGCGGACCCCUUCGCCGAUGACCCCGUGCUCGGCUUCGUCCCGCUGCCCCGCCCCUGCGUGCUCAAGAGCAGGGAGGCCUGGGGGGUGCUCGACCAGUUGCGCUACGUCGGGGUCAGCGCCGGCAGCCUGCGCUUCGUUGACACCUACCGCCGCGGAGGCGCCCCCGACAAGGUCACCGUCUGGACGCUGCGCGACCCGGACGCCCCGGAGUGGACGCUCGAGCACCAGGCCACCUUCGCCGACGUCUGGGCCGACGACACCUACAAGGCCACUGGCCUCCCAAAGACGGCUCCCGUGCUCGCGCUCAUCCACCCCAGCAACCCCGCCGUCGUCUACUUCUUCCUCGAGGACCACCUGUUCGCCGUCGACGUGCCCGCCCGCAAGGUGGUCGACUGCGAACGCUACCACCUGGUGGCGCCUCCCCGCGAGUACGGCAUUGUCAACCGAUUCGUCCGCGAUUGGGAGCUGCCGCGAGCGUUGUCCUCAGGGCCAGGCAAUUGGUCGAGUGACAUUGGCUUGACUGAACCAACUGAAGCAGCACCACCAUCCCGGCCAAUCCCUGGCGGUUACCACUUGGUUGGCAACACCAAGCAGACGUUCAUAGGAUGA